AUGCCUCGGCUCCUGACAGCCGUCCUCUGCGUAAUGGAAGCAUUCCACAAAUAUGCCAGAGAGGAUGGGGACCAGGCCACGCUGACCUGCAGGGAACUGAAACGGCUCCUCCGGGGCGAGACUGGGGACUUUCUUCAGUCUCAUGUCAUUCAUGCUGUGGAGAGACACCUGAACCUUCUGGACACCAACAAUGAUGGCACCAUCAACUUCGAUGAAUUCGUUCUUGCAAUCUUCAGCUUACUGGACCUCUGUUAUCUUGACAUGAAGUCAUUAGUAAAUUCAGAACCAAGAGAGGUAUCUCAGUCAGAAAAGGCAACGUCAAAUGAUAUGGAUCUCCAGGCGAUCACAAGAAAUGGUCAUCAAGUGGGAGGAACUCUGCCAACUCAAGAAAAGGUGUUGUUUCCUUCCGGAAUAGCAUCAUCAUCCAAGCUCAGCUGGGAUGGAGAAAGUCAGGCCACUGGACACAAAAAAGUGCACUCGCAGGAGGGCAGCAAGACUCAUAACCUGCCGAGAGGAGCACGGAAGCCCAGGGGCCCGAAGAGCCAACACCUGCAAGGAGAUGAACAGAGCCAAGAAGUCGCCCAAGAUGCACCGGCCAUGGAAGACGACAGAGCCCAAAUUAAGACAAAUAAACCAUCAGCAGGAUCAGAGCAGACUAGCAGUCCUACCAAGCAGGUCCCCAGAGAGGGCGCUAAACCAGUCAGAAGGGAAAGCGGUAAUGAGACAAGUGACCAAUUUGAAGAACAGGAAGAGAACUUGAAACUAAAACAAGACCCAACACAGGGACUUCCGGAUCAGGAGGCCGUACCAGGAAAGAGUAUUGAAAACCUCUCUGAAGCACAAGAACCACACCUGCAAGGUGACAAUGAACCCAGGUCAGAGCACCUCCUAGAACCAGCUGCUGCCGGGAAACCAUCUCAGACACAAAAAUCAGCUAAUCCCGAGGAUGGCCAAAGAACAUUGGAGACUCCAGAACCAGGAAAGGAUGUCGACAGGACAUCAACUGAGACUACAGGUAGCGAUGAACCUGAGGAUUAUGGGAGAACAUCUGAGACCCAAGAGUCACCAGCACAGGAAAGAGAACAUGAAAUAAAGGACCCACAAGUCUCAGGUGGUAGUGAAGAUGUUUCAGAAACACCUGGUAUUCGAGCUGAAAGGAAAGAGAGUAGAGGCCUUCAGGCAUGUGGACCAGCACCGCAGAAAGAAUAUGAGAAGAAAACUCAGCCUCCAGUCCCAGAAACCCACACGCAGCACGGGACGUAUCAGGAGCUCCAAAGAUCAUCAAAAGAAGGAGAUUCUGACACACCGGAUCUGAGCACAGAAAAAAGAAAUCAGAAUCGCCCUGAAACUGAAGGCACCUCAUUCCCAGGGGAAGAGAUGAGACACCCUGAGGAGGACACAGCACCAGCAUUUGUGGACAGCAAAAAUGGCCCUGCAGCCAAAGGGACACCAAGAGCCAGAGAAAGGGCCCAAGACUCCACUUCACUUGAGAGGCAAUCUGAAGGAGACUAUAGCAGGACCACCAAGCCUUGUGACAAGCCAAUUGGAGAGGAAGGUGGCUCCCAGGGGGAGGAUCCUGAGGCCCCCGAUGCACAGAAUUGCAAGGGGUCUCGCACAACUCCCAGUAGCCUGUCUCCAGGGGAAGGUGAUAGCAACUCAGAGACAGGUGAACUACAUAUGCAAGGGAAUUCCAAGAGUCAAGCGCACCCACACAGAAGGUCUGUGCAAGAAAGUCACCAUCAUAACCCAGAUCUCCAGAAGUGUGGAGCACCAGGUGAGAACAGGGCACAGAAAGCCGUGGUGCUGUUAGUCAGAGAAGAAAAGACACAUCUCCGAGAGGAACAGGAAGAGCCUGCGGGAGUGGACCUCAAGAGUCACAGCACAGGGACCAAGAGCCCAGAUGCAGCUGCGGAGCCCAGUAGAACCCCAGAGGUACAGAAGUCCACAAGAAAAGGCAAAAGCAGAAAGUCUCUGGAGGCAGGUGGCCUGGAUACCAACUGCACUGUAACACAGCUCUGUGAAAAGGGGGACAGCAGAAAAGAGUUAAAGACCCAGGGCCCAGUGACCAAAGAAGAGGAAGAUAGAGCACCAGAGAGCCAGGAAAUUCCCUUUAAAAGUCCAGGUGAGGACAAUCCGGCCUUCCACAAAACACACCUGGAUGCAGAGGAACCAGCAACUUUGGAAGAAGAGAAUGAAAGUCCCUGUAAGCCAGCAGGAAAAAGUGAUAAGCAACAAAGUCAGACCAAGAAAAGGUAUGAUCCUUCAGUCCCCCUGCCCGGCCCUGAAGAAAGGAUGCAGAGAAACCAGAAGCCCUGUUCUGUGCAGAGGGAUGUGAUCCAAUCCAGUGCACUACACCAGAGCCUGCAAAAGAAGAUACAGCAGGCCAGGCACGGUGGCUCAAGCCUGUGA